AUGCCCCAUCUAUCAGAAGGGUCCUUUCACAAUGAAUAUUUUCCAACAAUCUCCGUUUUGCCACGUUCGUCCCAGUUUGAAAAUUACCCUUUGAAUAUGGCUGGUGAAAUCAGUAGCGCAUCUGAAGAUUUAGGAUGGGAGCUGGAGAUAAACGACCAAACCGUGCUUCAUACGUGGCGAAGGCCAGCCCAGAGAACGAUGUCCUACUCAGAACCUGCUCCAGUUGAGCCUGAGGGACGGGUCCGAACAUGGAGCCUACAUAAUAUGGAGGAGAAACGUUCACGAGGCCAGGAAACGAUGCACAAAGUUAGAGCGUAUCCAUCGCGGCUUCAAUUUCCCGAACAAUCGUUGAAAAACCUGAGAGAAGAAGGCAGUUUAUCUUCACUGGGACACACCUCAGAGGCAUUUAGGUCUCGUUCUUCGUUAGUGAUGUCACUUGUGGAUAAUUACGACAGCCAAAUUGUGCUCAAUUUUUUCCAUCCCAAGAGCCUCUUGAAGCUGAAGAAGUGA